AUGUCGGCCGCGGUGGCGUGCCUGGACUACUUCGCCGCCGAGUGCCUGGUGUCCAUGUCCGCGGGCGCCGUGGUUCACCGCCGCCCGCCGGACCCCGAGGGCGCGGGCGGAGCCGCAGGCUCGGAGGUGGGUGCGGCGCCGCCGGAGUCCGCUCUGCCGGGUCCGGGGCCACAGGGGCCCGCGUCGGUCCCCCCGCUCCCCCAGGUCGCCGCCCCCAGCCCCGGCGCGGGCGGCGCCGCGCCCCACCUGCUGGCUGCAAGCGUCUUGGCUGACUUGCGCGGCGGCUCCGGGGAGGGCUUCGGGGAGACCUCGGGGGAAGCUCUGCGCGCCUCGGCCGGACCCUCCGACCCGACCCGGUGCUCUGGCCCGACCCUGGGCUCAGAGCCGGGCCCGGCCUCCAGCGCGGCCGAGGUCUCCGGGCCCGCGCACUCCUCCGGCGCGCCCGCGGUCCCCCGCGCGCCUGCCGGCCCCGGAGCGCCUGCCGACCCUGGUGCGGGCUCUGGCGGGGCCCCUGGCGUGGCCCCCGCCCCCGCCACGGGUCCGGUCCCCCGUCGGAGGCCUGUCACGCCUGCUGCCAAGCGCCACCGCUGCCCCUUUCCCGGCUGCAACAAAGCCUAUUACAAGUCGUCGCAUCUGAAGUCCCACCAGCGCACCCACACGGGUGAGCGCCCGUUCUCCUGCGACUGGCUCGACUGCGACAAGAAGUUUACGCGCUCCGACGAGCUGGCCCGCCACUACAGGACGCACACGGGCGAGAAGCGCUUCUCCUGCCCCCUCUGCCCCAAGCAGUUCUCCAGGAGCGACCACCUGACCAAGCAUGCUCGCCGCCACCCAGCCUAUCAUCCCGACAUGAUCGAGUACCGGGGGCGCCGUCGCACUCCCCGCGUCGACUCGCAACCUGCCAGCCUGGUGGACAGCUCCGGCUCCGUCCCCGGCCAGGCACCCAGCGGCACCACCAGCGUGUCUGAGAGUCAUUGCUGUUAG